GGAGUUGGCUUCCCAGCCAUCUUCCAUACGUGUCGUUUUGCUUUGCUGUGCUAUGCUUCAUUCGCUUCAUGUACGAAAUAUAUGUAUUCUCAAGUCAAUUCUCGUUAUUCGACUUAUUUAAUUCCGUUAUUGGAUAACGCGAUUUAAGUCGAUUAUAUACGAGAAUCAGCGAUAACAAUCAUUCGUACAUUCUAAAUUGGAGUCAGAUUAAUGGGCCGCCACAAAGCCUUCAAACAUAGUUAAAACGGCGACCGCGGUAUGCCGUUCGGCGCCCUGACCAUAAGGAUUCAUGCGGUUCCGAUGAUGAGGACAAUUUACACGAGGAGGUUUUGUUUGAUACAGACAUGAGAGCUCAACUUCUGAGCAACACUGAACGAAUAUCUCGGACUACUACCAAAUUGGAAGAUGGUGUGCGAGUUGCUUUGGAAACAGAAGAAGUAGGUGGUCAUAUACUACAAGACUUAAGCGAGCAACGAGAAAAACUUCAAAGAAGUAGAGACAGGCUUCGUCAGGCAGAUUCUGAUCUGAAAAAGAGCUCUCGAAUACUUUCAGUAAUGACUCGCAGAAUUCUUCAAAACAAAUUCCUUCUAAUCACUGUGAUAUUUCUGAUUGUGUUAAUAUUUUUCUUAACCAUAUAUCUGGUCACCCGUCGUGCGACAACACACGCGAACUCGUCUUCUGCUACAAUAAACUCAUCUCACCCAUGAUAUGUAGUUAUGUGUUUAUGUUUCUGUAGGUGGUUCUUUUUACACCUAAGCAGACAAAGUGGUUUUUAUUUAUUCAUAACUAUCUCAUUUUGUACUCCGGUAUAGCGUAUCUCACCACAGUACCUAUUCUUUUUUGAAAAGUUUAAUUACAAUAAGUUGUACUUCCGAACAAGAAUCAUCAAUUUGCUGUUCAUCAUUACUUUUUAUUUGGUUUCUUCUGUUUUAUACCUUAUUUCUUUGACGGUUAGUUUGCUAAUAUCAUUAAAAAAUGUCAUAAAGGUA